UACAGCAGCUCCAAUUUGUUAUCUUGAUCAUUUUUUAGUCUCUCAAGUUUCAAGUUUCUAUCUGCCUCUCUGGGUAGUGAUUUCUAGAUAAGCUUCUCUUUCUCUCUACUUAUAAAAUCCUCCCCAUUAAUUAUUUGAUCUUCUUUAUAUAAUAACAUUGAUUGUUUUAUCUGCUCUGUUCCGUGUUCAUAUCAAUCCAAAGCUAUGUAUUUUGCUUCUGUGUUCAUAUCAAUUCAAAGCUAUGUAUUUUGCUCCAAGAAAGUGAUCAAGAAAAUUACCCACUUGAAGAACCCUACCAUAAUCAGAUUUUUACUUUACUAGGCGAACCCUUUUUGUAAUUUUUGUACUUGUUCAGAGAGAAAUGCGAAGGAGACUCUCGAAAGUGGGACUCUCCAUGAACUCUCUACCGCUUCAUGUUUUUGGCAACUAUGGUAGAGAGUCCUUGGAGAGACAGCACUUUGGGAGAGUCCUUAUCAUUUCUCUUGUUCCGCAUUCGAAUGAAAGGUUUCAACUUUCAUCAUUUUCCCCAGCAACCAAACAAACCAAUAAGAAUUAACACAUCAACAGGCUGGACUUUCUUCAAUAAACAUGAGAAAGAACACUUGUUCUUGCAUAAACAAGAGUACUCUGUUUUAAAUCCUCUUUUCUUUUUUAUUUUCGGUUGCCCUCACUUUGAUCCUUUGGUUUUAUAGGCAUAAGUGCUAGUUCUACAAUGGCUUACGUUCCACCACACAGGCGGCACUCGAAGGAACUGGAGAGGCCAUUGGUCACUCCAGAGCUGCUUGCUCCUCAAUUCAAGAAAAACUUAAAAGUCAAGCCAUUUAAUAAAGUGGAUGAAAAUAUAGUUUAUGCAGACCAUUCUACACAUGGAUGGUGCGCCAUCCCUUUGGAUGACGAGAACCAGUUCCCAUCUUCUGUUAAUCUUGAGCCCGUUACCUUGGAGUCUGUUGAGCUGAAUUUUGGAGAAAAUCAUCUAGCUUUGAUCAAUACUAGUCUAGAUAAUGAAGGCAGUGAGGUGAAAUGGAACUUGCCAAGGAGCCCUUGGGAAUCUAUAACAGAAAAUGUGCUGGAAGACUUACUUUCGGCAUUUAAACACGCGAGGAAUGAAAUGAAGUCUGCAAAGCCAAAAGAAGCAUAUCCAACUUUGAUUGCCAGAGUGGGGAAAGUACUCUUUCGCAGGAACCCUUCAGUUAACUUGGAAUCCAUUAGAAAAAAUUUGUUCACUGAAAUCCCGAAACGACGGAGGCAAUUAUUUUACACGAACACUCCUGUUUCGUAUAAGGAAAAGAUUGUGAACAAAGUUGUCCCGAAAAUUGGAGUUGUUUUCGAAGAGGAGGAAGAUAUAUACGAUGUACAGUUGUCUGAUUCUACGAGUCCAGAGUCCACUCUCUUCUGCAGAUGUCGGGUAAUGAAAGAACAUGGAAGGCUACAACUCUGUGAGAUCAAAUUGAAACCAGUGCGUAACAUGGUAAAGGACAUUUCAUGCACUACUAAGAAUCUGGACCUGAGACUAAUGCUGUGCACAAAGAAACUCGUAACUGAUCUGACUAAUGAUGAGAUGCAAAGCAUCACGGAUCUGAUUAAUUCUGCGAUUCUAGAUCCAGAUGUGAAGGGUGGAUUGAGGUGGCCCCCGGGGAAGGAGUCUUCAGGAGAAAAAUACACAGUUGUUAGGUUUACGCACGUAAUAGUUAAUACGUAUAGAAAUUCAUCACUGAGACUGAAAGUAAAACACUAUGAUCGAUUUGAUUUGAGAACCUUAACUGGGGAAGCUUCUUGGGGGACAAGUCUGGUGCUGGAAAACGUCGUGUCAAAGUUACAGGAAGAGAAUGUCAAGGCCAGCACAAUUUCUGAGAUACUCAAGGAAGAUAUGCAGUUGAUAUGGGAAAACUUCUUGAGCUGUGAACCUUUUCUAUCAAGAAAUUGCAUGUUGUAAAUCAGUGAUCACUGUCUGUGCGACGUGUGUAUAUCUGUCUACAUCCUUAGUUUUAUAUUCUACUCUCGGCGUCGUGUGAUUAAUAAUUAGUAACUGUUUUAGCAUUUCUUGCAAUUUUGUUUGUAUCUGGCAUCGUUGAUGGUUAAUUAAAUUUUUAAGAUUUUACAUUUCGA